GCCCCAUACGCGCGUGAAGCGUACAGAGCGGGUCUGCCGUGGUUUUUAAUGUUUUUGUUCGCCCUGCCCGCACGCACGGAAACGCACGGAAAGAACGCAAUCGCAACGCAGCCCGAAGCGUAGGCGCAAAGCGGAAAACAAAGUUUAAAGAGGUGUGCUUUUUUUUGUUGUGAGGGCACCGGGGCCCGCUAGUAGUGUGUUUGAAAUUUUGCGCAAAACAAUUCGCCCGCAAACGCAAGCAGAGGAAGCGCAGUGAUACGCAAGCAACGCGAAAAGUAUUCGCGCAGCACGGCGUCGCGCCAAACGUGCGAGAGUGAAGACAACCCCCCUUUCCCCUUUCCUUACCGUCGGUCAGUUGUGCGUUUCGGUGUGUUGUUUUUGUAUUCUUUCUAUAUCCUCACCCCCUCCCACUCGUCGCUUUUUUGUUGUUGUACGAUACUCGUGAACAGUGAAAGAAGAUUUUCAAAAUCCGUCUCAAGCGUGAUAUCGAAAGAAUAAUUUUUCAACGACAGUUUCUGUGACGACGGCGGCGGCGUUCCAGCCUCCUUUCCGAGCGCGUUCGCCACCCUUCUCCUCCUCCUUUCUGCGGAGGAGUUAACUCAAGCGAGCUUGUUCGUGCGUGCGCGCGCGCGCGUGUGUGUGAGUGAGAAGGAGGUUUCAGUGAGAGGAAAAAGAUUUCCGGCGGAGCCUGAAGAGAGAGAGAGAGAGAGAGACACCCCAGCUUGAUGGUGGAAAAGUUAGCAGCAGCACGCGGAGGUGUAGCGGUGUAGCUAGUGCCAGUGAAGUGAAAAACAACAACAGAAGCAACAACAAACAAAAAACAAAAACAAAGAAGCAGCGGCAAUGCGAAGGAGGUCCCAGCCAACUGUCGAGAGCAGGCAACGCUGUGACCGAAAAACAACAAACACUACUGUGAGGGGCAAGGCGAUGACCACCGCUGUCCUUGCCGUCGGUAAUGGCGUUAGGGGUUAAGGGGGACCCUCAGUAAAAACCCUUCCACCCCCAAAAGGGCGGACACCGCAACGCGACGCGGAUUAAUACAACACGUAGUAGCGAGCGAGCGAGCGAACGUACGUUUACCAUACAGACUUUAACACAAUUUUGCCAUGUCGAAGUGGAACAAGCCGCAGGGCGUCGUGGUCCCGCUGGAAUCGCUGCUGAAGGAGCGGCGCAAGGAGAACUGCCCGGCGCCGAGACGGUCGGCCGGGCUGGUUGGCCGCUGGGGCAUCACCAGCUUUACCUCGAUACGUAGCCGAAGCUAUGUUGCGGAGUACAAUAACGUGGAUCUGAAGGAUGCGACCGGGCUGGACCUCGGCACCGGCGACUCGCCGGACAGUGUCGUCAACAAUCUGCUCGGCUCGAACAACAGCGAGCCGGCCCGGCCGCGCAAGUUCUUCAAAAGCCGCAACACCAUACCGCCGCCGCCGCCUCCGCCCCCGACCGACCAUCUCGGCCAUCACUCGCCGUACGGGGCGAACGCGGCGGGCGGCGGGUACGGUGCGGCCGGCCCAUCCGAUCUGUGGGGCAACCGGGCGAACGUGACGACGACAUCGCCCCAGCAGCAACAGUUCUAUCAGCCGCUGCCGGCGGCCGCGGCCACCCCGCAGUUCUCGCCCACCGGGCCCCAGUCGGCCAACGUGGGGCUGCACACCGGUGACGCCGGUCUCGGUUACGCCAUGCAGCAGCAGCAGCUACUGCACACGCUACCCGUUACGAAGGAGAAAAAACCGGGCCGGAAAAAGAAAUCGCUCGAGCCGGCGGAUGGUGGCGGUGCGGUUGGGCGUAGUAAGCCAGCCGCCAGCGCCAAACCGCCCAAAAAGGAGAAGGAGAAGAAGGAAAAGCGUCCGAAGAAGGCGAAAAAAGAACCGGCAGCGCCCGGCGACCAGGAGCAGCAGCAGCAGCAGCAGCAGCAGGAGCAACCGAAACGCAACUCGUCCCGCAUACGGAACCGGGUGGUGAACUACAACGAGGACGAGGAUAGCAACGAGUACGGCCGGACGGUAGCGGGACGGUCGACCGGCAAUCACCAGCCGACCCUCGGUACGCCCGAGUACGGCGGCCUGGGACCGCCGGCCGCCGACCCAUCCUUUGCCGGUGUGCUCGAGCAGCAGCCGCUCCAUCAGGACGCCCACGUGACGACGGCAACGUACCAACCGAUGGCACAGCGGCCCGUGUCCUCCUCUUCCUCCCCGGCCGGUGGCUACCAUUCCGGUGGGGAGGGGCGGUACGGGGCUAAGCCGAGCACAACGACGGUGACAACGCCGCUGCCCUCGCCCGGUGAGCAUCGGCCCAUCCUGCUGCGCAUCUCCAAGGGUACGUCGAUGCUGAUCAGUACGGACAGUGAAGAGGUUUCGACGAACAACAGUACGCCGCCGACGCCGGCAUCACAGCAUCACUACGGCCAUCAUCACCAUCACCAGCCGCUCGAGGCGCAGCAGCAGCAGGAGCAGCAACCGGAAGAGGAGGACGACGAGGAGGAAGAGGAGGACUUCGAUGGAGAUUUGCCACCGCGCACGCUGCUAGCCGAAGCGACGGGACCAACGACCACGACGCCGACCGUCCACGACAGCUCGGUCGACUAUUUCAAGCAGCAGCAGCAACCGUUCUACAAUCAACCGGUCGAACCAUCUCCGCACAACACCGCUACACCCCCGCCGGCACCGUACGGUGAGCUCGGAGCAGCAGGAGGGGCAGCCGGUGGUUCGGGCGAGGCGGCCGUGAUCGCACCGGCCCCGGCCAAAUCGGAGCUGAAGAUAAAGAUAUCGCUCGGCGGCAAGCCGCUGAUCAGCAGCACGACCAGCGGCGCAGGGGGGACCGCUGCACCCGGCUCGACCACACCGGGCAGCAGCAGCGGGGCGGCGGGGCCGACCGGCAAGGGCAGCAAGAGCAGCAGCAGCAAGUACAACUUCAAGAAGCGGGCGAUCGAGCGGGAAAAGGCCCGGGUAUCGUCCAAGCGCAGCAAGGUGGAGCUGUCGGACGGCGAGCAGCAGCAUCAGCAGCAUCCACUGUCCGUGUCGUCCUCGACCGCGGCGAAACCGGCAGCGGCGGUGCUGCCCCGGCCGAGCUUCCCGCUGCCCGGCACCGACACGUACGAGGUGUUCCGCACCCUCUCCUCCCUGUCCGGCGGGGACGAUUUCGACUCCCAGAGCUCGAUACUGGGCAGCGCGUCGUCGGACAACAACACGCCGAAGCAUACGCUUGCGCCGGGCGAAGACUGCCAGAUUAUCCACAGCCGCGGCUCGAGCGACUGCGGCAGCGACCUGGAGCUGUCCCAGAACAGCUCGACGGCGGCUGCCCCACCCUCGGACGUCUACUCGGAGAGUGAAAACACGCAGGACAACAACAGCCACCCGCAGCCGCGCGGGGGAACCGUUGCGCUCGUGGCAGCCUGCACCACCACGACAUCAGCAGCCGCUUGCUCCUCCGAGUCCGCGUCGGUUGAGUUGCUGCCGGCCGCAGCAGCAGCAGCAGCCCCCGAGCGGGUGGAAGUGCUGAAGCUGAACCUGAAGAAUGUUGUCCCUGCCGGUGCACGCGUCACACGAAACAAGAUGAAGCACAGCAAUCCGGCGGACGAGCAGCAGGGCGCGGAGGGCGCGGAGGGAACUGGGGCGAAGCAGCCGCUACUGUUGCGCGUCGGUGGUCGAUCCGGCCGCACGAACCGUGCCGCGGCGAGCAACAACAACAACAACAACAACAACAAUGUGGUGCGCGGUACCAGCACGGUGAGCGAAAAGCGCACCCGAAAGCAGACGGACACGCAGACGCAGGCGGAGCAGCCGCGGGACGAGGCGGCAGUGGGCGAGCCGAUGCGGCCGCAUCGGUCACCAUCCGCCGUCGGCACGGGGGGUGAAGCGACGGUGGCCCCGGAAGCACCGGCGGUGGCACCGAAGCCGAGCGUGACGCGCCAGUACAGCCGCCGGAAGAAGAACGUGGUGCCGCCCGACUAUCUUGGCGAACCGUCCGCACCUGCCGGGCCGGAGAGUACCAGCGGGGGUGGUGGUGGUGAGCAGCGACAUAAUGGCGACGCACUCGGGACAGAACAGCAGCAGUCGUUGUCGAGCAGUACGGCAACGCCAACGUCGACAGUGGCGCCGUCCGCCGCCGCGGCGCCUGCCCCGGGACAGGAGCCGGCCGUACCGCCGGCCCCGAUGCGGCUGGUGCUGCAGAAGAAGGGCACCAUCUUCAAGAGCCGCCCGCUGGUCGGCUCGAGCGACGGGGCGACCGACACCAAGAAGCGGCACGUGUACAAACACAAAUGGGACCACGGGAACGGGCUGCUGGAUCAGGACGGCAAGGCGGGCGGGGAUGCGCCCGGUGGCGGUGGAGCGGGCGCGAGCGGCGGUGUUGGGGGUGGGGCGGCCGGCGUCGGCGUGUCGGACGGCGGCCUGCUGGCCAACCACCACCACGCGUACGCGACGGACGGUGCCUUCGACGAUGAUGUGGACGGCGAUGGGCACGAGGCCGCUGGUGGACUGGUCGGAGCUGGAGCUGGAGCAGGUGGGGGUGGUGGAGGUGGUGGUGGUGGCAGCGGCGGCGGCGGUGGAUCGUCCGGUCCGAGCCAGCUCGACUUUGAUGGAGCGUUCUUCGACGGCGAUGCGCCACCGUCCGCCAUGCCGUCCCGCUCGAAGCGCAUGAAAACGUUCGGAGCGGGCGGUAGUGCGGGCGGCUUGCAGUCCAGCGGGCAGCAGGGUACCGGCGGUGGUGAGGCUCGGGGAGCGGGCAGCAUGCCGUCGUACUAUCAGUACGGACGGGCGCAGCACGCAGCCGGCGACGCGUACGAUGGUGCGGCGGGCGCAUUCGACGAUGACGAAACGGACGGGGGCGACGACGAGUACGGUGGUGGUGGUGCGAAGAUGCGGUGCGACCGGCAGACGAAACCGUUCUACACGAUCGUGCGCAACGUGAAGAACUCGCACCAGAUGCAGGAGAUCGGCGAGUUCCAGGAGAUGGACGACGACGUCGACUACAUACUGAGCGCCCUGCACCCGGACAACCCGAUCUCGACCCGGUGCCUGUCGGCGCUGCAGCUCGCGACCAAGUGCAUGAAGCCGGCGUUCAAGAUGCACGUGCGGGCGCACGGCGUCGUGACGCGGUUCUUCCGCGCGCUGUCGGACGCCCACCAGGACCCGAGCCUGGGCCUGUGCACCGCCGCCAUCAUGUACGUGUUCUCGCAGGACAAGCUGAACAUGGACCUGGAUCGCGAUUCGCUCGCGCUGAUGCUAAACCUGCUCGACACGGACCACCGGCUGUCGGAGGGUGGCACCGCCGCCCAGCAGCAGCUGCAGAAGAACCGGCAGCGGGUGAAGGAGCUGUGCGAGGAGAUCAAGGGCGCCGGCAAAGGCGGCGGCGGCGGCAAGCACAUCGAUACGGACCGCGUGACGGCCGGGUCGCUCGCGAUGGAGUCGCUGCUGUCGCUCACGUCCCAGCGGGCGGGCGAGUGGUUCAAGGACGAGCUGCGCAACCUGGGCGGCAUCGAGCACCUGAUCAAGACGGUGGCGGAGUGCUACGAGCAGGUGCCGGACCGGGCCGCCGACUGGCACGAGCCGGACGUGGCGAAGCUGCGCAAGAUCGAGCGCUGCCUGCGGGUGCUCAACAACGUCAGCCUGUUUAACUGCGCGAACCAAACGUUCCUGCUCGAGCACCGGGCCGGGCUGCUGGUGCAGAUACUGGUCCGGCUGUACCGGCAGCUCGACCGGGACUUGCCGCACUACCCGACGGACGACGCGACGCCCAAGGAGAGCAUCGGCGUGCUGCUGCGCGACCUGCUCCAGCCGAUGCUGCACAUGCUCAUCACGCUGACACACUCGUUCGACGAUCAAGCUCGCGGUGCCCAUCUGGUCGGGAAGCAGCCGGACGUGAUUAACAACACGAUGAAUCUGCUGCUGCGCAUCGCCAACUACGUGCCGCAGCGGUGCGUGUUCGAUCUGCACCUGCUAGCGCUGACGCUGCUGCUUCAUCUCGCCCGCCCCAGCCAGCACAACCGGCAGCAGGUGCUGCGCUACGUCGACAAGGAGACGAACUGGGACGGCUUCAAGGCGCUGGUCGCGUACUUCGACCAGCAGGAGGAGAAGGCCAGUCAUGCGGAGGAGAAAACAAACGCAAUACUAGACACGCCUUCCGAAGCGGCCGGUGUUGAGGAUGCGGAAACGAAGCUGAUACAAAAGGCGGAGCACCAUAUGGAGCACACGUACAUGGGCAGCCACGUGUGCAUGCUGAUCUGCCAGCUGGUAAUGGACGAGCCCGGGCUGGAACAGAUCGCCCGGGCGUAUCUGAAGAACGGCAACUUCAAGCGCAUGGUGGCGGCACUCAGCCGGUACUACGAGUUCCUGAACCUCACGACGAACGCGGACGCAGAAAGCACGGCUCACAAGCGCCAAACGAAGGAAGCGAUCGACUAUCUCGGCCAGCUCGAUGGCUGUGAGUCGGCCGGUGCGGCACGCGCGAGUGGCGGCCCCGGCGGCAGCAGCAGCGGCUCCGGUAGCUCCGACCCCAAAGCAGCUGCAUUUUGUCAGUAGUAGUGCCAGGGUCGAGACGAGGGUGAGGAGACCACAAUCGGUCGGUUUGUUUGGUGUACUGACCAGACACAAACACAUACACACAUAAGUGCCGCAUGUAAUGUACUGUAAUGUACUGCUCGGUUUUAAACAUGCCUGCACAGCCUGAGUUUCGGUAGGACUGAUGAGAGAAAGAGAGAAAGAUGUAUGUGUGUGUGUUGAUUUUAUUCUUUUAGCUGUUCCAUUGUUAGCCAACAAAACUAUUUUUUUAAUUCCUCGCGUAAGGAUAGUUGUACUAAAAUGCUGUUUUAUGCCAGGACGAUUAACCAUAUCCGUUAUUAAAUUGGGGUUAUUUAAUUAAAAAAAAAAACCUUUACACAACAUUCAAUUCUGUUGCCUAAUUCCAUCUUCAGUUCCAAUUGGAAAAACGCACACAACUAACAGGUCAGAAUAUCAGGGGGAAAAUUACCCUACUGCAAGGAACCAAAUUAUUUAUUAAAAUAAACAAAAACAAAGGACAGAAGGUUGCAGAACAUUUUAUAAAAUCGACACACACACACACACACGCCCUCAAGCAUGAAAAGCGGACGAAAAAGGAUGAACAAAAGAAGCGAUUAUCUAAAAUACGCAUGAUGGGUCGUCCAAGUGCGAGGGCGAUUGCAGGCGGAGGGGGGGCAGCAUGUAUCAUAUGUUGAUUUCAAACUGACAUUGUACAUAUGUAGAUCGUUAAGGUACCCUUGUUUAGGUUAUAUUAACAGUACAGGAAACCCGUUCAAGGUGCCGUGGUACGAGAGGGACCGCGGAAGGGAUCGCCAGAUAUCGAAGAGAGUUAGAAACACGACGGCUUUAGCGAGCGGCGGGCAGGGAAAAUUAAGUCGCCGUUAAUGGGUGUGUGGUUGUGCGCACUGUUUACAUACAAUGGUUAUGUGGUUGAACAAAAUUGUAAAAAAAAGAAAGAAUCCUAAACACGCAAAUUAAACAAUCACAAGUGUUGUGUGUGUGUGUGAUGGGUCUGUUUUUGUUAGUAUGUGUGUAAUCCUUGUAAUCGAGUUUGUACCGUCAGGUGGAGAGGAAACAGGGCAACUAAAGGGAGAAGAGACAAAUGGUGUAAAAGAAUAUGGAAAAAUAUGAAACGAUGGGUCCGACUGAACACAACACGUUUGAAGAUUAAAAAAAAAAAAGAUGCAAUGACACACACACAGUCCCAGCGUACAUAAAGGAAAGGAAAGCACGGAGAUUGGCGGGAAAAGUGUUGGACCCCCAUUGGUGUACAUUUAGGCGAAGUCGCGUAACGUUUUUUUUUUAAAUAUAUAUUAUAGAAAGAAUCAAUUAGACGUAUAAAAGAACAGAGAAGAAAUAGAGCGACACAUACACGCCUGACUUAUAAAGAAUAAGAGAUGGCCAGGUAGGGAAAGAGGAGGAAGAAAAACAGUUAAAAUUUGUUGCGAUCUCUUUGUUUUUGACGCACGUGCUCGUGCGCAAACACACACACACACACGGGGACGACAAAAUCCCCUUCUGGUUUCCGUGCAUCGGGAGGAAGGAAGUAGUUGAUAGGUUAGUUUCGGGCAGCCAGCAGCAUACAGUCGGUCUAGCCAGUGCGGCAAGAUGCGCAACGGUUUAGUGGUAUUAUCGUCGUCUCCUCCUACCCGCUGUCCUCUCUCCACCCCCACCUCCCAUGCCCUGUCGGAGGUUGCAGACAUAGCAGUAGACCCGUUUGAUAGGUGCGUUUAAGUAGCUCGCAGACGGUUGGAUAAUAAAGGGCGCCUAGUAUUUAACUAAAAAAAGUA